CAGAAGCUGCUGUGGAAGAGUCAUUGUGUCUGGGGAAAGGGAGGAAUAUAUACCACCGAAGAGCCUUCACCACAGCGCCGGGGGGGGAAAAAAAGUCCCAGAAUGCCGCAGAACAUAGUCCUGCAGGGACCGGGGCCUUGGGGAUUUCGGCUCGUCGGGGGCAAGGACUUCAACCAGCCUCUCACGAUCUCCAGGAUCACGCCGGGCAGCAAGGCGUCGCUGGUGAACCUCUGUCCCGGCGACAUCAUCCUGGCGAUCGACGGGGAGGCGGCCGAGGGAAUGACGCACGGCGAGGCGCAGAACAAGAUCAAGGACUCCAGCAGCCAGCUCACCCUCAAGAUCGAGAGACCGGAAACCAAACUGUGGUCGCCCCAGGUUGCAGAAGAAGGCAAACCCAGCAACCCCUUCAAAAUCAAUCUGGAGGCAGAGCAGCAAGAUCUCGGCUACUUCGAACACAAGUUUAAUGUCAGGCCAAAGCCCUUCACUCUGGCAGGCCAAAGCAGCACCUGCAAGCCUCAGGCCCCGGUGGUGAAAGCUCCCCAGGCGCCAGGCACCAUUCCCCCCCCCGACUCACAGCCGGCCCCUAGCGCCUGCCCCGGGGAGGCCUGGGUCCCCAGUGCUCAGUAUAACUCGCCCGUAAGGCUGUACUCGGAGGGCAAUGUCGCGAACGCACAGCAGCAGGCUCAGAUGUCCGCUGUUAACCAAGAGCUCCCACACAGCGGCGGCGACACGGGCACCCUGGCCUCCAUCGAGGAGUCCCACGUGUACAAGAUGCUCCAGGACAACCCGGAGGCCCCACACGAACCCAGACAGUCUGGCUCCUUCAAGGCCCUGCAGGAGUACGUGGAGAGUGACGGAACUCGGCCCAUAGUCACCCGAAGCGUGAAAGCCCCGGUGACUAAAACUCCAGCGGCCGGCACCACUCUGCAGAAACUGCCCCUGUGCGACAAGUGUGGGAAAGGCAUUGUGGGGACGGUGGUGAAGGCGCGGGACAAGUUCCGCCACCCCGGCUGUUUCGUCUGCUCCGACUGCGACAUGAACCUCAAGCAGAAGGGCUACUUUUUCGUGGAGGGACAGCUGUACUGCGAAAACCACGCCCGCGCCAGGACAAGACCCCCCGAGGGACACGACAUGGUCACCGUCUACCCCACCGCCUAAAACGACACGCACGGGGAAGGGGGGCUUACCGUGCACCCCUCAAACUGACAGGCCAGACGACCCCUUUCAUCCUGUCAGAAAUUAUAUCUUUCACAUAAAACUGUGAGUUUGAGCAUUAAAAAAAAACACAGGUGCGUGUAUGAUGGGUUGCAGGUUGCUUUCUCUUUUCGUGCUAAAGGAAAGUUGUGCGUACGCGAUUUCAUGCCAGUACUUUUAAAGUAGGGGGGAGGUUACGGUCACAGUGAGGAGAGCGACACUGCUCGCAAGUAUGACUUGUGAUACGGCAGUUUGCGUCACAAAGUUACACCAGGAUAAUUUUACUAAGACGGUAAUUAGCUUUUUCAGAAAGCAUUACAGACUCAGAGGCAUUUUUACUAAGUAACCUCAUGGGUAAAUGAGAAAGGAGGUUAAAUUCAUUUUGAGUGGCAUUAUGCUGUAAACCAUCGUGAUUUUCUGCAGUUAAAACGUUCUGUUAUCAUCAACAGAAUAUUGAGGGAAAUUACUGCUUAAUAUUAUUGUAUUAUAUGCUGGGUUUAUCACAGGGCUGAACUUGAAUAUCUUCAUCAAGCAACACGCAGUAAAAUAUUUGUCUUGCUAGCCGAGGUGUUUUGGCUCAGUGGAAAAUAUUUUAUAAUGGAUGGCUAUUUUUUUUUUUGUAGACAGCACGACAUUGUCCAUUUAGGAUGAAAUUUAAAAUAAGAUUUUUUUUUAACUAAAAAAAAAAACUUUCUGUAGAGUGUAAUUUUCCCUUUGUGAUUUAUAUAUCUUGGAUUAUGCAAACUUGUGAUUCACUUCCUUCAAAAGCACAAAAAAGUUGACUAUAGCAAUUGCAGAGCUAUUUUUAAUAAUACCAAAUAAAACAAGAGUUACAGCUGCCAGACUGAUCUUAUUGUUUAACAUUAUUUAUUAUUUUAACAGUGCUGUCUUUAAAUAUUAUUUUAAUCCUUAAACUGUCUACAAGGUCAAACUGCAAUGAUGUAAUAUCUGCUGUUUCUGUAAUAAAGCUUGCUUUUUG